ACGGCGCGGUGCUGGAGUGUAUCUAUGAUGGUCCAAUUGGUGCAAAUUUCGGCCCUCUCGAUCGUGCCGCCGCAUCUCGCGCGUCCGAACCGCGACCUCUCGUCCGAUGGGUUCAUGUGACAUUUUUCAGGUCUCGAUUGUGCCCUGUGCGACUGUUGAAAGAUGUGAAUUGAUGCCCAGCAGAAGUUCUCAACUUUCUUUCUAGACAUGCAUCUGCUUCACGGUUUUCUUCGUCCUCUGUUUCUCGUUUGGUCGUCAGUUUUCUACUCGUGCAUCACGUGCAUAGACGCGGACGUGGGUUCUAAAAAGUUCCGGGACUUUCUGCAAGAAUGGCCUACCCCGGGUACAGGGCCGUACUUCGAAAUGUCCGAUUCAAAUGUGACGGGUCUGGUUGGAAAGACAGUCCUGCUGCAUUGUCGCGUCAAGAAUCUUGGGAACAGAACGGUUUCCUGGGUACGUCAUCGAGACAUCCAUCUCCUGACCGUCGGCCGAUACACGUACACUUCUGACCAGAGAUUCGAGGCGGUCCACACGCCACACACCGAAGAAUGGAGCCUGCGGAUAAGGUAUCCGCAGAAGAAGGACACCGGCAUAUACGAGUGCCAAAUAAGCACCACUCCACCUAUAGGAUAUCCGGUUCAUCUGAAUAUAGUUGAACCAAUCACGGAGAUCAAGGGUAGUCCGGACGUCUUCAUCAACCAGGGCUCCACCAUAAAUCUUACCUGUCUUGUUAAGUAUGCUCCCGACGCUGCACCGACCGUGGCGUGGGCACAUAAUAAGGCUGUGAUUAAUUUCGACUCCCCCAGAGGGGGCAUUAGUUUAGUUACCGAGAAGGGACACAUCACCACCAGCCGGCUGCUCAUACAGAACGCCAGGCAGACCGACUCUGGCCAAUACAGUUGCACUCCGUCCAACGCCAAAACGGCGGCUGUCCGUGUACAUAUCUUGAAUGGGGAACAUCCCGCAGCGAUGCAUCAUGGGCGCGCCGCCACGACACGCCUUUCCCGUGUGCUCCUGCUCCUGAUCUCCGCCGGAACGGUGCUGCUCCUCUGCGGCCGCAGCGGGACUGCGUAACAGAACGGACGACCUUGGACCGGUCCCUGCUUCGGCGCCAAUUGACACUAGGCCGUUUCGCCGCUGAAUUAUGUGAAUGUGCCAGUUCGGACGUUUCGACCAGGUCGGAAGUGAUGGAUCGGUGAUGCGGAUAUCCGGCCCGCAGGAGGACCGGCAAGACGGGGGUUUUUCUACUGAAUUAACGGCAUAACUGACUCGGUGUUUGGAGCCACUAUUUCUGCAGUUAUUGGAGAUGACAGGAUCAGAAAGUAGGGAAAUACAGCCGAUUUAUGUUCGAAGUAUUUGGGAGUUUGAAUGAGUGCGACAGGGUAUAUUUUACAUCUGCACUUUCGACGGGAGUCUAAAUUUGAGAACACAGUUUUAAUAUAUGAAGGUCAUAGUGUACAAUGCCACACAGACACGUACUUUUUACAGGUGCGAUUCAUUGAUAGAUGUUAAUUAGAAGUUGCGCCAUAAUAUUGUCUGAAAUUGAAGAUCGUGCUUGUUGUGAAUGGAUUGAACAGUACUGUCAAAUGUCAACGUAUAAUGUUGCACAAAAAUGUAUUCAAGAUUGAAUAGACACUCAACCAGUAA